GCUUCUCCCGCUUCAACGAGGACCGAGACUUUCAGGGUAAUCACUUUGAUCAAUAUGAAGAAGGACAUUUGGAAAUUGAACAAGCAUCCCUUGACAAGCCUAUAGAAUCGCAGUUGGCCCAUAUUAGCUAAGCAGCCAUGAUCUGCCCAGUUUUUAAAGCCAGGAUAAUAUUGGACAUCGCUUACUCCAGAAACAUGGGUGGAAGCUGGGCCAGGGAUUGGGAAAAUCUCUUCAGGGGAGAACAGAUCCCAUUCCAAUCGUCGUCAAAUAUGAUGUCAUGGGCAUGGGUCGCAUGGAAAUGGAGCUUGAUUAUGCUGAAGAUGCUACCGAACGGCGCCGUGUCCUAGAAGUAGAAAAAGAAGACACAGAAGAAUUGAGGCAGAAGUACAAGGAUUAUGUUGACAAAGAGAAGGCCAUUGCCAAAGCAUUGGAAGACCUUAGAGCCAACUUUUACUGUGAACUCUGUGAUAAGCAGUAUCAGAAACACCAGGAAUUUGACAACCAUAUCAACUCCUAUGAUCAUGCACACAAGCAGAGAUUGAAAGAUCUCAAGCAGAGAGAGUUUGCUCGGAAUGUCUCCUCAAGGUCCCGCAAGGAUGAGAAGAAACAAGAGAAAGCCCUACGGCGGCUCCACGAGUUGGCAGAGCAAAGAAAACAAGCUGAAUGUGCACCUGGAAGUGGUCCCAUGUUCAGACCAACCACAGUGGCUAUAGAUGAAGAAGGUGGAGAUGAUGAGAAAGAAGAAUCAGCAACAAACAGUGGCACAAGUACCACUGCCACUUGUGGCCUGGGCUCUGAAUUCUCCACAGAUAAAGGAGGCCCAUUCACUGCAGUACAAAUCACUAAUACCGCUGGACUGGUACAGGCUCCUGGGCCAGCUUCUCAAGGCAUCAGCUUUGGCAUUAAGAAUAACCUGGGGACCCCACUGCAAAAAUUGGGAGUGUCGUUUUCCUUUGCCAAGAAGGCUCCUGUCAAACUCGAAUCAAUAGCAUCAGUUUUCAAGGACCACGCAGAGGAAGGGACCUCUGAUGAUGGAACAAAAGCUGACGAAAAGGGUACAGACCAAGGACUUCAGAAGGUGGGAGAUUCUGAUGGUAGCAGUAAUCUUGAUGGUAAAAAAGAGGAUGAAGACCCUCAGGAUGGAGGGUCCCUUGCCUCAACAUUAUCUAAGUUAAAAAGAAUGAAGCGAGAAGAAGGAGCUGGGGCUACAGAGCCAGAGUAUUACCACUACAUCCCCCCAGCACACUGCAAAGUAAAACCUAAUUUUCCUUUUCUGCUCUUUAUGAGAGCCAGUGAACAAAUGGAAGGUGAUAAUAGUACACACCCAAAGAAUGCCCUAGACAGCAAAAAAAGUAGUUCUCCCAAGCCUAAAGGCUGCAUCAAGGUGACAGCAAGCCAAGGACCAGAAAAGACAGUUAGUGAAGUCUCCGAACAGCGGAUGGAAACCAGUGCGGCUGAGCCCUCAGAGCCUGGAAGCAAAGCUGAGACAAAGAAGCCCUCAGGAGGGGAUGUAAGUGAGCAUAGUUUAGAGAGUCAGAGUCAGAAGGAUUCAGAGAUCCAAAUGUGUGAGUCUGACCCUCCUAAAGAAACUUCUCAGGCUACUCCAGCAGGGAGAGAAAGCCGGGAGGGACCCAAACAUCCAACCGGUCCUUUCUUUCCCGUUUUAAGCAAAGAUGAAAGCACUGCCCUCCAGUGGCCAUCAGAACUGUUAAUUUUCACGAAGGCAGAACCCUCCAUUUCGUACAGUUGUAACCCUUUGUAUUUUGACUUCAAGCUUUCAAGGAACAAAGAUGCCAGAGCAAAAGGGACAGAAAAGCCAAAGGACAUAGGAGGCUCCUCAAAGGACCAUCUCCAAGGCCUUGAUCCUAGUGAGCUACAUAAAAGCCAGGAGGAGGAAGAGAGUGUUCAACAUUCUUCAGGAGGCAGAAUUGAUGCACCUGCUUCAGGGGCUGCCUGUAGCGGCCUAAAUAAGCAGGAGCCUGGGGGUAGCCAUGGAUCAGAGACAGAAGACACAGGGAGAAGCCUUCCUAGCAAGAAAGAACGAUCUGGGAAGUCCCACCGACACAAAAAGAAAAAGAAGCACAAAAAAUCCAGCAAACAUAAACGGAAACACAGGGCUGACCCAGAAGAGAAAAGCUCUAAGGCAGAAUCUGGGGAGAAGUCUAAGAAGCGCAAGAAGCGAAAACGAAAAAAGAAUAAAUCAUCAGCCCCAGCAGAUUCUGAACGGGGGCCCAAACCAGAACCUCCUGGUAGUGGUAGCCCUGCACCACCGAGAAGACGGCGGCGAGCCCAGGAUGAUUCACAGCGGAGAUCCCUUCCAGCUGAAGAAGGGAGCAGUGGCAAGAAGGAUGAAGGCGGAGGCAGUGGGAGCGCCCAAGAUCAUGGUGGGAGGAAACACAGGGGUGAACCUCCUGCGUCAUCCUGCCAGCGAAGAGCUGGCACCAAACGGAGCAGCCGAUCCAGCCAUCGAAGUCGACCCAGUAGUGGAGAUGAGGACAGUGAUGAUGCGUCAUCACGCCGGCUGCACCAGAAGUCUCCAUCCCAGUACAGUGAGGAGGAGGAGGAGGAGGAAGAGGAAGAGUCGGGCAGUGAGCAUUCCCGAAGCCGCUCACGGUCUGGCCGGCACCAUUCCUCUCGUCAUUCCUCCCGGCGCUCUUACUCCAGUAGCUCAGAUGCUUCUUCAGACCAGAGCUGCUAUAGUAGACAACACAGCUACUCUGAUGACAGCUAUAGUGACUAUAGUGACCGGUCACGAAGGCACUCUAAGCGCUCCCACGACUCUGAUGACUCAGACUACGCCAGCUCCAAGCACCGGUCCAAGCGGCACAAAUAUUCAUCUUCUGAUGAUGACUAUAGCCUCAGUGGCAGCCAGUCCCGAAGCCGAUCUCGGAGUCAUACCAGAGAGCGCUCAAGAUCCAGGGGCCGUAGCCGCAGCAGCAGCUGUAGUCGCAGCCGGAGCAAAAGGAGAAGCCGCAGCACCACAGCCCACAGCUGGCAGCGAAGUCGGAGCUAUAGCCGGGACCGCAGCCGCAGCACCCGGAGCCCUUCACAGAGAUCAGGCUCCAGGAAGGGAUCGUGGGGGCACGAGAGCCCUGAAGAGAGGCGUUCUGGUCGUCGAGACUUCAUUCGCUCUAAAAUUUACCGCUCCCAGUCUCCCCACUACUUCCGAUCAGGUCGGGGAGAAGGUCCUGGGGAGAAGAAGAAAGAAGACAGCAGAGGAGAUGAUGGUAAGGGAAUAGGCCCACCCUCCCAGAACAGCAGCGUUGGCCCAGGAAGAGGGUCAGAAGGUGACUGCAGCCCUGAAGACAAGAACUCUGUCACCGCCAAGCUGCUAUUGGAAAAGAUUCAGUCAAGGAAAGUGGAGAGGAAACCCAGCGUGAGUGAGGAGGUGCUGGCCACCCCUAAUAAAGCCGGUCUCAAGCUCAAGGACCCCCCACAAGGUUAUUUUGGACCCAAGCUCCCCCCUUCUCUUGGCAGCAAGCCUGUCCUUCCUCUGAUAGGGAAGCUCCCAGCUACCCGAAAGCCCAACGCCAAGAAAUGUGAAGAGUCUGGCUUAGAAAGGGGCGAAGAGCAAGAACAGUCAGAGACAGAGGAAGGGCCUCCAGGGAAUAGUGAUGCCCCAUUUGGACAUCAGUUCCCCUCAGAGGAAACAGCUGGCCCCUUAUCAGACCCACCCCCAGAAGAGCCAAAGUCUGAAGAAGCUACUGCUGAUCACCCUGUGGCUCCGCUAGGCACCCCAGUGCAUUCUGACUGCUAUCCUGGGGACCCAUCCAUCUCCCAUAACUACCUCCCUGACCCCAGCGACGGGGACACCCUUGAGUCCCUGGAUAGCGGCAGUCAGCCAGGCCCUGUGGAGUCCAGCUUGCUGCCUAUAGCAUCAGACCUCGAGCCCUUCCCCAGUUAUGCACCGCCCAGUGGGGAACCCAGUAUUGAGUCAGCUGAUGGAGCCGAGGAUGCAUCCCUUGCCCCCCUGGAGAGCCAGCCCAUCACCUUCACUCCCGAGGAGAUGGAAAAGUACAGCAAGCUCCAGCAGGCCGCACAGCAGCACAUCCAGCAGCAGCUUCUGGCCAAGCAGGUGAAGGCCUUCCCCGCUUCGGCCGCCCUGGCCCCAGCCACUCCAGCCUUGCAGCCUAUCCACAUUCAGCAGCCGGCCACGGCCUCUGCCACCUCCAUCACAACUGUGCAGCACGCCAUCCUACAGCAUCAUGCCGCAGCAGCUGCCGCCGCCAUUGGCAUUCACCCCCACCCUCACCCCCAGCCACUAGCCCAAGUGCAUCAUAUCCCGCAGCCCCACCUGACCCCCAUCUCCUUGUCCCACCUCACUCACUCCAUCAUCCCUGGUCAUCCUGCCACUUUUCUGGCUAGCCACCCCAUCCACAUCAUUCCCGCCUCGGCCAUCCAUCCCGGGCCCUUCACCUUCCACCCUGUUCCACACGCUGCCCUCUACCCUACCCUGCUGGCUCCCCGGCCUGCUGCAGCAGCUGCCACUGCCCUCCACCUUCACCCACUACUUCACCCCAUCUUCUCAGGUCAGGACCUGCAGCACCCCCCCAGCCAUGGCACAUGAGUUAGGGGAUAGGAGCCCAGAUAGGGCCAGGGAAGGUGACCUAUGCAUCUUCCUUUGGGGUGUCGAGCCAUUAAUACCAGCAAGUAGAAGCUGGAAUGGGCAGUGUCUGACAGCCAAAGAAUUGAGUUUUGGCUUGCAGGGGUGGUUUUAGAUUUGAGGUUUGCUUUGGGUUUACUAUCAGGGAUUUUUUUUUCCCCUUUUUCCUUUUCUGUUUGUCCCUCCCUCUCCUGUUUCUAGGCUAGGGAACACCAGUAAGUGCUACCCACCCCUCUUCAGCAACAUCCCCAAACUGUCGAGUUUAGAUACUCUCCUCCUCCCUCUACUUUUUAUCCUCUGCACUUCUGUGUAUAAAUUUUAAAACAUUUUCCUCCUCUCUGGCUGGCGGGUUGUCCAUCUGGUCCUGCCUUCUCAGUGUCUUUGACCUUGGUGACCUUAUUUAUCCCGAGUGAGGUGGAAAGGGAGUCUGACCUGGAACCAGAUGCCACUCAGGCUGUCAUCUGAUCCACUUCCCACACAAACAGAACCACACAUUGGGCACUGUUGUCCUUGUGUCCCUCAUCCCAGAAGAGACAUCUGCAUAUCCCAGAAAAGAAGAUCGUAUCAUGAAUAGAAGCUGCGGAACAGAGAGGAGCUCAUGUGUCCGAAGGGUGUAUUUUCUUCUGUCAUGUUGAUGUUUCCUUCUUAAUUUAUAGGAUUUUUUUAAUGUAAAAAAUUGCACUGAACUCUAUAAACGUAAAUGCUGCUUUUUGUAGCUCAUAUAAAAAAGGUUCCAUAUUUGUAGUAUACUGCAAUAAUAUUUUUUACAUCCAGCUCUUUAAGUGAUCCUUGUUCUGGUGGCUUUGUGUAAAUAUGUUUGCCCUAGUUGAAUUAAAAAACUUUAAAGGUUAUCAAAUGAAAACAGAACAAAAAAAUAAAGUAUUUGUUUUCUGCUAGAUGCAAAAAUGACUAAGCAUGUAUAUUUUAUCAAGUUCAUGUAUUUUUUGAAGUUAUGAACCAUAAAAAUGUUAAAAAGAGGAACAUUGCUUAACAUUUUUUUUUGCUGAGACAUAAUUUGCAGUAAGUGGUGCCGCCAGUACUGGGAGUUUUGAACUAACGGGCUGCAGUCAGCUAGGGGUGUUGAGGAAUAGUUUUGACAGUCUCACUUAUGUGGUUUGCAGUUUCAUACAGAGAAACUGGUGGGCCCCACAGAGGAGGAGAGAGAGAUUCAAGAGCUUUAUUCUCUGGAAGCAGUGAGAUUCAAAGUGAUUGUCCUGGGGGAUUCCUGGGUUUCCAGGGUGCCUGUCCCAGGCAGUCCAUUUGCCUUCCUAGUACUUAGCCCCCUCUGACAAAAAUUUUUAAUGUGCCUUUUGGGUUGGCUGGAAGCUGUGAAGUAGAAGUAGACUGGAGCGUGGUAGAGUUGGGAAGGUCUUCCUCCUCUUACUGAGAGGUGAGCACAGUUUUAGAUUCUGCAGAUUUUUUUGCUACAUAGUUUCCAUGCCUCUACCCAGCUUAGUUUAGGCAGUAAAGAUUCCUUUUUUCUUUUCUCCCAUGACACUUAGCAGAGGAAGUACGACCUGAAUUCCUCUUCCUCCUCUUCUUACCUUUCACCUGGCUCUCAGUCCUAAUUAAUACAGUGACCCAAAGGUGUUCAUCUUGUAGAUCUCAUCUUCUUUGAUGUAGUUAGAACUUCCCUGUUGGGCCUUUCCCUACCUACUCCUGUGGCUAGAAUUGGUUGGGUGGUCACCUGACAGGAAAAACAAAACCCUGCGGACAUGGGCCAGGGCUCUGUGUUCUGCCUUUCUUCAAUUUCCAAGACAGAAAGGCCUUGAGUUCACGUCAAGCAAGUGCUGGGCAAGCGGAGACUCUGUUGAGCCUUCUACCUGUUCAGUGCUCCUCCUCUGAUUCAGAAGCAUCACUUUUUUGAUAAAUAGCACUGGAAAAUGAAAUCAUCUGUUUGAAGUGAAGGGACUCAUUUUUCUUUGCUUUCAGCCCAUGUAAAUAUUUAAAUAAUACAGUAUUAACAUUUUUGUGCUGCUUCCCAUUAGCUUGUAGAUUGAGCCAUACCCUGGCUGCCUCUCUACCUUCCUGGGGGCAGUUUCCUUUAAUUUCCACAAUAGUGAUUUUAAAACUAAAAGGAAAAACAAAAUAAUCUAUCCUUACUUACAAGCAUAACAGAUUGUAUUUAACUUUAUCACAUAUGAUAGAGAUAUAUACGCUGUAAAAUUAGGGAA